AUGAGCCGAUACCUGAACACUUCACUGCCCUGUUGGAGUGAAGAUGGCGACAGUUUCGACUGGAAGUACUUCCUGAAACCUUUGUCCGUGAGAAGGACUGUCGAGGCGGGCAAUGACGUGGUCACACAACCAGAUUUUGGUCGGACGGAACCGCAGAAAUGUCUCUACCAUGUCAUAUCACAAGCACUUAUCAAUCAGCAGAAUGAUACGGAACAAUUAAAAAGCCAGCGCGUCGAGAAGUUAAAACGUAAAAUAUCCACGAAACUUAAACCGGACGAGUUUUUGGCUUCGUCGGAAAAAGUACGCCGGUUGGAAAAGUCGCAGUCGAUGACUGUUACAUCGGCUCCAUCACAAAGUGGUAAAUCCGAUUUGUUACGUUCUGUGACGGAUCCCGGUAUACAAGAUGGUCGUAAAAUGUUCGACCCCUUCGGUACAGCGGGAAAAUCAGUAACGGAACUAAAACCUUGUGUGCUCUCUGAAUCGUCAGAAACUCUUCCUCAUCAUGCCUCAACUUUGUCGUUGGCUGAUUCAGGCUUCGACGAAGUUGAUGCAAAGAUGGCGAGUCCAGUUCGAGUGUUCAGACGCCCACAACUUUUUGUCUCGCCGAUGAAAGGGAGAAAACUAAAAUUGAAAACUGAACUCGUCAACGCUGAAGAUGUUGACAUCAAUGAUAACUUUUCUGUACUGUCUCCGCCCGAAGUGAAACCAGCUCCUAUAAAGUCUGACCCAGUAUUUCAAGAAUUUAUUGAACCUGAUUCAGUAGAUACCAGUAGUAUUGUUCAAGAAGACAUUAGUGCGAAAAGUAUCCUCCCUUGCCCCAAAAUUCCUGAAUCUGAUGUGUUAAGUUUUGACAUUGUUCCGUCUCGAAUCUCAAAACCAAAACACCGUCUGAAGCAAAGUGCCAAUUUAGCAGCUGGUGAUAAACUUGCCACAGGUUCCAAAUCAAGUGCGAAAGCCGAGAUUUUGCAUAAUAUUGACACUGCCCCAGAUAUUUUGAGGACUAAACAGGGACGUCUGCUGGACUGUGGAAGUCAUGAGAAAGAUGCUAAGACAAUCUUUGAGAAAAUGGAUGCAAAUCUUAGCAGGGGGGCAGAUUCCAGUCUUGCACUUGAGGACAUUGCAAAAGGUGGUGUGGAAGUUACGCCCCCUUUGGUUGUUCCGGAGGUCAAGAAAGAAACAGCGGGCUUGGAGGAGUUUCAUCAUGUUGAGGAAAUGUACGGUAAAUACACUGCGAUAAUGAACCUUCGGCCCGAUCUGCAGAAUUCGGCUUCUCGUUGGACGAUACCCGUUUUGCAGCGCUACAUAAAAAAGCAAUACGUCGACCUCAUCCAACCGAUGAGGCCAACUGAUUCAUGUCAGUUGACAAAAAAGGAACGCGCGCAUCUAAAAAAGCAAAUGAUCGACCAAAGUAUUUUGAUGUUUUCACCGCCGCGUCAUUUUACGAAGGAGUACCCCCAGUUUGGUGAAUUUCAAAACUGGAAAAUACAGGAGGCGGAUAUCAGACUGUUCCUCAACGUGUUGCUUCGGCGAUUAUGUCUGAAACUUAAUAUGCAAAUGAGAGUCGAGGAGCGAAUCACAGGCGAUGGACUUCCGAACGCAGUCUGUGAUUAUGCAUUUUACAAAAACGAUGUCUGUGUCGGACUUCUAGAGGCUAAAUCUCCCAGUGGACUGGAGCCAAAAGCUACCCCGCAAUUCUUAGUUGAGUUGUUGAAUAUUCAAGCGCGUUAUGGUUCCUCUGACCUUUCCGUCUUUGGAAUUCUUUCGGAUGCGCAUAGAUUCGUUUUCAUUAACCUCGUCGGUGUACGUUUUAGCUUCGAGCAAACGGAAAUGAUGCAGAUUCAUAUCCACGAAGUGUUCAGCUGGACAGACCUGUUCGAUGUCGCUGAUGUGAUCUUGAAUAACUUUGAUAAACACAACAGGGUGCUGAGAGAGUGUCUCCAGGGCGGGUCACCAGGUGGUGCUGAUGUAUCCGACGGCGAUGAUUCUGAUGUGGUUGUACUUGAAUGAUGUGAAGUCAAAACUUGAAGUCAGGCUGUAGUGGUGGCAAGAGGCACAGUUGUCAUAACUGCUCCCUGACUCUCUCAAUGACAAUCCACCUCAGCA